AUGAAUUCACCUGACUCUUGGAAUCCUCCAGAAGUACAAUUUUGCUUUGCUUUCAUUAAUAAUUCAUGCCCUAGGAAUGAGAGGUCCAUGCCCAUUGUCUGUGCCAUGUAUGUGGUCAUGGUCAGUGCUAUCGUGCUGACCAUGCUGGGCAACAUGGUGGUGGUCAUUUCCAUCGCUCACUUCAAGCAGCUCCAUUCCCCCACCAACUUCCUGAUCCUCUCCAUGGCCACCACUGACUUUCUACUAAGUUGUGUGGUCAUGCCCUUCAGUAUGAUCAGGUCCAUCGAGUCCUGCUGGUACUUUGGAGACCUCUUUUGCAAAGUCCACAGCUGCUUCGACAUCAUGCUCUGCACUACCUCCAUUUUCCACCUCUGCUUCAUCUCAGUUGAUCGCUACUAUGCUGUUUGUGAUCCUUUGCACUAUGUCACCAAAAUCACAAUGCCUGUUAUAGAGGUCUUUCUACUUAUCAGCUGGUCCAUUCCCAUAUUUUUUGCCUUUGGCCUGGUAUUCUCAGAAUUAAACAUAAUUGGCACAGAAGAUUUUGUUGCUGCAGUCAACUGUACGGGUUUGUGUGUGUUGAUAUUUAACAAGCUCUGGGGGGUGCUGGCCUCCUGUAUAGCUUUCUUUUUCCCUGGCACAGUCAUGGUGGGGAUUUAUAUACACAUUUUUACAGUAGCCAGGAAGCAUGCUAAGCAGAUUGGCAUGGGUCCUAGGAUGAAAGAGGCUGGCUCAGAAAGCAAGACAAAGGCAACCUCCAAAAAGGAAAGCAAGGCCACCCGGACGUUAAGCAUCGUCAUGGGAGUGUUUGUGUUGUGCUGGCUGCCCUUUUUUGUCCUAACAAUCACGGACCCUUUCAUUAAUUUUACAACCCCUGAAGAUUUGUACAAUGUCUUCCUCUGGCUGGGGUAUUUCAAUUCCACUUUCAAUCCCAUUAUAUAUGGCAUGUUUUAUCCUUGGUUUCGCAAGGCAUUGAGGAUGAUAGUCACAGGAAUGAUCUUCCGCCCCAACUCUUCCACCCUAAGCCUGUUUCCAUCUCAUUCUUAG